AUGAGAACUCUUACUAGAAACACCAGUGGUAAGAGCGCUGAUGCGAAUUCUGAACUUUACUCUAGAGUUUCUUCCGAUGACCAAAAUAUACUGAAUUUUAAUAGUAGAAGUCAAAGGUUAAAACGAACGAUUUCAAAUGGAUUUCGUAGAAGUAGUUCAGCUGAUUCUAAAUCUUCAAAACACUGUCAUAAAUUCCGAUUCUGGCUUAACAGGAAAAAUAAUUGUGUUAGAUCGAAAUCUCAAGAUACCGACUCUUACAGUACUACAUCUUCUGUUAGUACUAAAGUUGGAGCAGAACCCAAACUAUAUUCAAGGAAUAAUCUUAGAGACUAUAAGGAAAGUGUUGUAUAUAAAAGUUCACCGAGGCACCAUCUUAGAACAUGGUUGAACGAUGACGAUCAUGAGGGAGAAGCAUCCUCCAUUUUAGAGAUUAGGCAAUCGAACAUUACCACACGCAUAGUAAAGGCCAAGCAUUACAUAAGCUUAGCCGCAAAACAGACUGCUCAGAUAGCAUCGGUACGUCGAACAGCCCAAUUGAUGGCUUUUACAGGCGCUGUCACAGCGGCUGCCGUUGCACGUGUGAGAGCCGCCCAGAGGAAUCCCAAUGCAAGUCAUGGUAGUAUAGCUAAUGACACGAUGUAUUCCUUGCAAGAAGUUUCUAACGCAAUCGAUCAAUCUGGAGCCCCAGAAAGUGAUUAUAACGAAUUGAACGAUAUCUUUAAAUUGCACUUCCAAUACAAGGGAGCACCUGGGUAUUUCAAGCGUUUGAAACCGUUGCGUAUAGAGGAAUUGAAUCCCAAUUCUGCUGCCUAUAAGAUGUACUAUAAGAUGAAAUUUAUCCCUAAUCCACCAAUUGGUGCAGAUCCACUAGAAUUUUAUUUGAACAGAGCUACAUUUAGACAGGAGAAAAGGAUCGAAGAAGAAGAUAAUUUGGAACCUCAGCAUAGUAAAUUGACAGAGUUUUCAGAUAUACAAUCGACGAAAAGUGUUCAAACAAGAGUAUCUACCGCUAAAUCCAUUUUUUGGUCAUUUGUAGGUAUGGAAGCUGAAAGUACAAAAGAAAUGGAAAAUAGUCAAAAGGAUAUUCAAACUUCCCAAAAUUUUUUGCAAGAAAUUCAUGCAGAACCAUCAGAACAUGAAAAUGAGUUGAAUUCCAGCUCUAAAUCCUUAUUCUGGAGCUUUAUAAGUGGUAAAAGCUGA